GGAGGAAUGUAGGUUAGGAUUGGUUAACUAGAAGGGGGUUGUGCAAACAUAUGAAUACCCAACAGUCUCUUACAGUCUAUUUUUCUUGUCCCCAACAGGCUGCCUGCUUUCUUUCCUGCACAAUGUUCUGGGCAAACCAAACAAAGCUGUUAGUCCUCCUGGUGCUCCUAUUUCUGGCUUUUCUCUUGUUUCAGCCAUUUUACUGCCCCAGUCACUCACCUGGUCUAAUAAGAAAGUCAAGCCAAAAGCAUGUAUUGAUCUUGUCUACCUGUCGCUCGGGCUCCUCCUUUGUGGGCCAGCUCUUCAGCCAGCACCCGGACGUCUUUUACCUGAUGGAGCCCUCCUGGCACGUGUGGAUGAACCUCUCCUGUGCUAAUGCUGGGCAGCUGCAGAUGGCUGUGAGAGACCUGGUUCGAUCAGUCUUCCUCUGUGACAUGAGUGUCUUUGAUGCUUACAUGGCCUGGGGUCCAAGGAAACAGUCCAAUCUCUUCUUAUGGCAGACUAGCAGGGCUCUGUGUUCCCCACCUGCGUGCCAUCUCUUUAAUAGGGAAGCCAUCAUCCCCCCAGCUGACUGCAAGACUCUAUGUAGCAAGCAGCCCUUCAGCAACGUACAAGAAGCCUGUAGAUCCUACAGUCAUGUGGUAAUCAAGGAGGUGCGCUUCUUCAGCCUGAAGCCCCUCCAUCCACUGCUGACUGACCCCUCCAUCAACCUGAAGAUCAUUCACCUUAUACGAGACCCCAGGGCUGUCUUUCGUUCUCGACAAAACACUGAACAGGAUAUGAUGCAUGACAACCAUAUGAUCUUGGGAAAGCAAUGGAACACAAUAAAGAAAGAAGACCAUCCCUAUUACAUGAUGAAAAUCAUCUGCCAAAGCCACAAGGAGAUCUACGAGGCAGCUCAGUUGCUACCAGACUCCCUCAGGGAACGCUACCUGCUGAUACGCUAUGAGGACUUGGUUCAGGACCCACUGACCCAAACUGCCAAAUUGUAUGAAUUUGCAGGGUUACCCUUUCUGCCUCAUCUCCAAAUCUGGGUGCAUAACAUCACACAGGGCAAGGGCAUGGGAAAGCAUCCCUUCGACACAGACUCCAGGAAUGCCCAAAAGGUUUCUCAGGCCUGGCGUUGGUCCUUACCACAUGACAAGGUAGUCAAAUUACAGAAAAUUUGUAAUGAUACUAUGGACCUCAUGGGCUACCUUCCUGUAUUGUCUGAGGAAGACCAGAGAAAUUUAUCAAUGGUUGUUCUUUCUACCCUUGAGCUCCCCUAAUACUAUGCAAACACAUGAUUUGAGUGAUGGUCUGGUUUUGUACAAUGGCUAUGGUCAGCUGAAUGCUUUGGAGUCUAAAUGUGUUUUUCAAUGAAUAUGUUGUUGUAUGUGACUACACAUGGCUGAACCAGAUGAGGUGAGAUCUUUUAAGACAGUUGUGAAAAUCGAGUAAAGCUUCAUCUACUUCAGAGUUUGAGUAGGCCUGAAGGACUUUAAGCAUUGAGUCAAGGGCAUACCUAAGUCCCCUUUCUGCUAUUCUCCCAUGACAUCAGCAUCUCCCCAUUUCAGUCAAAUAGUUGUCAUAGCAGUUUUGGCAACUAUGUACUUAUUGGUCAAGUUCAAUUUCUUGGGUAGUUUCCACAUUUAGAAUACGAGACCCUCAACCAAUAAGGAUGAGGGUCAGUGGUGGGAACGGGUAUUUGUGUUAGGGAUUAAAAGUAUUGACCCUGCCCCUGAUGGUGCUUCCUCCCUUCAACUGUCUGCUGGAAGGGUGGGACACCCUUCUCCAGAGAAUGUAUAACAAACUUUGCUUUGCUUCUAGAACUCUCCCCAGCUUUUUUAUUAAAUGGUGACCCCUCACCAUUUCUGAACCACACAUGGCCAAAGGCUACUCUCUUCUUUCUGACUCAAGACCUUGGCACUGUCUGUCCCCGUGAACUGGGAUGCUCCCUUUUUCACCAGUAUAUUUAGAAUACAAGGGAAAAUGGACUCAGGCUUAGAUAGCAUGUGUGGAAAAGGGGUGACAAGGCUCCUGAAUGCUAGAAUUUUUUUCCCUGCUUUUGGUGGGAUAUUCAAAAAGUUCCCCUUAGGUAUGGUGUAGUUUCUUUGCCAGGUUCCUUGUGAAGCCAAAAUUCUGCAUCCAUUCUGUCCUUAGCUCCCAGUGUAGACACUACUAUCAGUUGAUCCAGGGAUUAGGCUGGGCCCCAGUGAAUGGCCAACAUGCCCUGGGUUCUUUUAGCUUGCUUACAAAGGCCUUCCUGCAGCCAAAGCAUUGGGGUGGGAUCGGUGCAAGCAAAACCUCUUUUCCUCUUCCUUCCCCACUUCAGUUCUUCCCCAGGGACUUAAUGAGAUGCCAGGCUUACCCCAAUUUCUCCAAUAACUCUGCUUCUAAACUGUUACACGAAACUGGCAUGAUAAUUCCCAGAUAAGCACUGGGGCAUGACCAAUUCUGAAUGGGAUUCCUAUGUGAGUCACUCUAGUCCCCAGAGGUUUUAGUCCUUAGUCUAAAAUCUAUGACUGAAACUGAUUGAUGGGACUUUUUGUUGGAGCAUCCAAGCAGAGAUUGGGCUCUCUGCCUAACCUCACAUCAAUACCGACUUUGGUUUAUUCUUUAGCUUUCUUGUAUCUCAGGGAAAUUUUCUUUUCCUAGAAACAUCUGGGUAACAAAAUAGCAAGUUAUAUUACAGUAUCUUUGGACAGAGAGGCCUGGGGAGGGGAAGCCGGGGAAAGAGCCAGGGGGAAAGUCUGGUCUUGGGUUUUCCUUCAUUCUGGGACCUCCACUUCUAAAUGCCUCUAAAAGUAAAAGACUCUUCAAAACUCUCCAGUAUGUCCCUUCUCACGCCCAGCUCAGUCCUUUUGUUCCUUAAAAGGUUGCAGAAGUACCAUGCUUGCUCCUACUUCCCAAGUCCAGACUCUCAGAAACUCUCAGUUCUGAGACAGCUUCUUCCUUUGAUAAGAAUAAUAGCAGCUAAUUUUUAUAUAGUAUUUGUCAUUUUCCAGGCACUGUGAUAAGUGUUUGGAAAUUAUUAUCUAAUUUGAUAUUUACAACCUGGAAGUUUGUUGAUAUCAUUUCCCCAUUUUGCAGACGAAGGCAACUAAGGCAAAGCAGCAAGUGAGUUGGAGGCUAAGUGAGUUGGAGGCUCCAUUUGAAUUCAGGUCUUCCUGACUUCCAGCACUCUAUCCACUGUGGGUACCUAGCUC